UUUUAAUUUGUUUGCUUUUUUAUUUUUAUUUUAUUAUUUCUCAUCCCCAGAUUAUUUAUUCCAACUAAUUGGGAUAUAUACUACUAUUACCAUUUUACUUGCUCACGCACUGUUUGUUUACGUUUCGCGUGCUUGGUUAAUUAAUAUUUGGAGAUUCUGAUUCAAAAACAAAUAUCAAAAAUUGUUGCGCUUACUGUUUAGCAUUUAUAUAUCUCUGUGAUAACGGCUCCGGAGACGAUUAUACACAAAUACAGCCCCCCCAACAAGAUAAAUACGUAACAAUUCAGAAAAAUGUCACUGAAACUUGUAGAUUACCCUACUAGCGAUGAAGACAGUAGCGAUUGUGGCGAUGAAAAGAGUGGUGAAAAGAGCGGUGGCGGCAAAAAUAAACGCUGGCAUUGCAGUGAGGAUGAAGACGAAAACGCAGAAAGCAGCGGUUACAAGCGCCACUACAACGGCAAGGCGAAGUAUGACGAUGCUGGGCAUGUUCAAGGCGGGUGGUCCGGGCACAUCUAUCUGAAAAUUGACGAGUGCGAGCAGCUAGACAGCCUUGCCACGAUGUGCAUGGACAGCAUUUGUGCACAUCCAAACAACACAAAGGCGAACUCCAGCAAUGAUGAGGAUGGCAAGGCGAGUGAAAUUGCAGACCCUGCAAUCGACUGUGAUCAUAUAAAACGCAUUGCCGAGCCGCACAUCAGCUUGUCGCGGCCCUUUUACUUGCAAAAGCACCAAAUUGCAGGGUUUGUCAAAGAUCUAGAGACCAGCAUAUUGGGCUGCGAAUCGUUUGCAGUGGGGUUCGGCCGAGUCAGCACAUACGUCAACGAGCAGGGCGACCGGGGGUUUGUGUCUGCCGACGUUGACUCUGGCGCAGAGAGAAUCAAGGCCGUACUUGAUCGAGUGAACCCAGUGAUGGGAAGACUUGGAAAGAGACAGUUUUUCGACAAACCGCGGUUCCACGCCAGCCUGUUGUCGGUCGAUCUGGUGCAGAUCUCCGGCAAAGAUAGCGCACAGGCAUGCAGCAAGGCGAUGGAUGCGGUUGGGAAAACGUUGGGGGCAGACAUACAAGAAAAGGUCCUGCGCUUGGCAGCAACUCGGAUUGACACGCUGGAGUGCAUCUUUGGAGACAAGAAAUUUAGUGUUGUGCUAAAUUAAGCAAUACUGGUAGAGUUUUGACGAAAAUAAAGCUGAAUGGGAUUUAC